AUGGACCAGCAAUAUGGGCAGCAGCACAGCAGCAAAGGCUCCCAACCAACGCCACAGCCGGGACCAUGGGACGGCGAUCAGAUGCUCCACAUCUACCUCCGCGAUUACCUGCACAAACGAGGUUACUCGCAAGCGGCACAGGCUCUGAGCGGCGAAGCAGGUCUCGAACCGAGCCGCCAAGUGCCCAUCGAUGCGCCGCAGAGUCUGCUCUUCGAGUGGUGGGUGGUGUUCUGGGACAUCUUUGCAUCGAGGGCGGACGAGGCGGGUGUGGAUGUGAAUGGCGGCUUGGCGGAGGAUGCACGAGUUUACGUUGUUAGUCGAGCUUCUGUGAUGCCAGAGGCGAGGAUGGCAGCCAGCGAGUGUGCAAGAGCGCAGAUGGUCGUCCCCAACGCUGGGCCUACGAGUGUCUUUGCAAAUGGGCAUCAGAUGCAGCAACAUCACUCAAUAGCUCAGCAGCACCCAGCACACGGAAGACGACCGUCAGCCCCACACCAGGACACACUCGGCACAGCCCCCUUCUCUUUAGCGUCCCCUUCGUCCGCAUCCUCGAGCUCAUCUUUCCUACCCCUAGCCCCACCUCAACAGCGACAGCGACGACGGUCCUCCAUCUCGACCCUCCCACAGCUCGACCUGGACGUGAGCCGCACGCUCGGCCUCAUUCGCCCCGCGAGCCUGGUGGUCAUCCAGCAGUGCAUGGAUAUGAUGGGUUUCGGUGGCAAGCGUGUUGAUCAGCUCGACGCAAAGCAGCAGCAGGCGCUCGCAAAGCGCCUGAAUCGGCUGCAGACAGCUCAUACAGAUGCACAGGUCAAGCUGGCGCAGCUGCAUGGGAUCCAGCCGCCAAAAGCGCUGCUUGUCAAUUCGUCCGCGAGGACGCAGCCCAGACCAACGGCCGUGGACGGGUAUGCCAAUGGCGCAGGUCAGAAGAGAAAGUUCUCACCGACCGCCUCGCAUGAUCCGAAUCCAAACAGACAAGUCGGCGGCGUCGGUCAAGAUAGCCGGUCAAUACCUUUGCAUGCGACGCAAGCACCAGCACAAUCGAUACGAAGGCUAUCGUACCCAUCCGUGCCCUCGGUGCCGAGUGUGCCUUCGCCACUGACACUAGCGAGCGUUGGUGGGAUGCCAUUAACGCACGUCUCCCCGCAUCCAGUCAUACAGCAGCCCAGUCCGGCAUCGAGCGCGCCCACGCCCUCUGAAGCCUAUGCAAUGGGCGCGCCAGCGACACUCCGGCUGUCCUCUUCGGGCGUUGAUAGUAGUCCGCACAGGAUACCGCACGCGUCGGGCCUCGCUGCUGCUCCACCGUCGAUGAGCCCAAUCGCAGAGUGGCCCGCCGUCGAGCGACAUAGUAACAUACCGCCGCCACAGCAGUCGCAGCAAGCCAUAGCGCUGUCGACCGCUCACGACUCAUACACGCGGCGGCAGAUGUACGCGCAAGAGCCACGCCAGUUGCAGUCUUUGCCAUACGCGACCCCGCUGAGCGACACACACCUGAAUACACGACCGCUCGAAAACACGGUGGGUCUCAAGCCGAUUCAUCCCGCGUCCCAAGCCAAGUUCUUUGCGCCCAACGCCGUUGCAGGCGCACCAGCGAUGCCAUUCGACGAGUACGACUUCAACGUUCUGCUGAGCCAACCAUUGUUGGCGCACGACGAGGCUUCGGCGUUGGCGAGGCAAUUGGGCGACGUGGGGAGCUUCUAG